AUGGAAGAGAUCAUCCAGAAAGUCAGAGAUGCUUGCGCAAAAAGGGGAAUCACUGGAUUGUCCAAACUGGGCAAGGAAUUUGGCAGACUUGAUGACGACGACAACAGAUCAUUGUCUCUGGAAAAAUUGACUGAGGGUCUGCGUAAUUUCCAAGCUGGUUUAACCAAUGAGGAGGCUACGAUGCUUUUCAAUGAAAUUGACAAAGACGAAAAGGGAGGCAUUGAUUACGAGGCGUUUUUGGCUUUGAUACGGGGAAACGAGAAUUCAUUGUCACCUGGAUGCUUAGAAGUUGUUAAACAAGCUUUUGACAAGAUGGACACUUGUAAGGACGGAGUUCUUAAGUCAGAGGACAUCGCAAAGUAUUACAGCGCAGAUGAAGGUACAAGCUUCGAUGCGUACUUGGCUCGUUUUGACAGUGAUGCAAAGGGUGGGCCUGUUGAGAUAACCAGAGAAGAGUUCAUUGAAUAUUACACCAAACAGAGAAACAACUUCUAUAAAGAUGAUGAUUACUUCAUCACUUCGCUUAAAAGGUCUUUUAAACUCUAA